CCCCUAUAAGCCCCAUGGCGAUCAACACGGACGUGGAGGACUGGGGUGGGGUGGGGAGCGAUGACUCGGGAGAGAGGGCCUGGCUGCUGCAGAGCCCCAGCGUGGACUCCAUCAGGAACCCGGAGUUGGACAGGAGGGGCGGAGGCGUGUCGGCUACUGCAGCUGUGUUCAUUGUCGUGAACGCAGCACUCGGAGCGGGGCUACUCAAUUUCCCAGCAGCCUUCAGUAUGGCGGGGGGAGUAACUGCGGGGGUGACACUUCAGUUGUUCAUGUUGACCUUCAUUAUCAGUGGGCUUGUGAUCCUGGGCUACUGCUCACAGGCCAGCAAUGAAAGCACCUACCAGGAGGUAGUCCGGGCCUCUUGUGGGAAGGUCACCGGGGUCUUAUGUGAGGUAGCCAUUGCAGUCUACACCUUCGGAACAUGUAUAGCAUUCUUCAUUGUCAUUGGUGACCAGUUGGACCGCUUGAUUGCUGCGGUGGCCCAGGGAACGGACGGCACAGCUAAAGGCCACUGGUACCUUGAUCGCAAGUUUACCAUUGUCCUCACUGCCGUCCUGAUUAUUCUACCGCUCUCCAUACCCAAAGAGAUUGGCUUCCAGAAGUACGCCAGUGCUUUGAGUGUCAUGGGCACUUGGUAUGUUACCAUCAUAAUCAUUGUCAAGUACAUAUGGCCCAACAAAGACAUGACUCCAGGAUACAUCCCCACCAGUGCAUCGUCCUGGACCGCGGUGUUUAAUGCCAUGCCCACCAUCUGCUUUGGUUUCCAGUGCCAUGUCAGCAGUGUGCCCGUCUUCAACAGCAUGAACAGGAGUGACCUGAAGCCAUGGGGAUUGGUGGUGACGUUCAGCAUGAUCAUCUGUCUCUUCGUUUACACGGGCACAGGUGUCUGCGGGUUCCUGUCCUUCGGAUCGGAUGUCAGCCAGGAUGUGUUGAUGUCCUAUCCCCCUGACGAUAUUGCUGUGGCCAUCGCAAGAGCCUUCAUUGUCAUCUGUGUUGUCACCUCCUACCCCAUUCUGCACUUCUGUGGCAGGGCCGUGGUGGAGGGUCUGUGGCUGCGUCUCCAAGGCGAGCAGGUGGAGGUGUGCGUGCGGCGCGAGCAGAGGCGGCGCAUCCUGCAGACGCUGGUGUGGUUCUGGGUCACGCUCAUCCUCGCCCUCUUCAUCCCGGACAUCGGCCGGGUCAUCUCGCUUAUCGGGGGACUAGCUGCAUGUUUCAUCUUCGUCUUCCCAGGACUGUGUCUGAUUCAGGCCAAGCUGUCCGAGACGGAGCGCCGGACUGCCAGCUGGCACGGGUUGGUGUCCUUCGGUGUUGUGAUGGUUGCCACCGGAGCGUUCAUCUUUGGGGUGACCACCACCAACUCCAUCUACCAAGACAUCAGCAGCUAAAGACUCCUCGCCACCGACCACAGGAGGUAACACGGUCUGUGCCGCUAUUAACUGACCGACCCAGUGGAGAGAACGCCUCGCAACACACGUUUUAAUUUCGACCACGAGGCUCGUCCCGCGUGGUACUCGUCCUCGCCGUGCUGGAACCGACGUCUGGUUGAACGGACUGAUGAGGGACACGUCGCCUUUUUGAUUUUUAUCGUCAGUUUGAAGUUGCAUGUUUUACUUCUACCGUUUUUAAACCGAUUCCUUCAGUGGAAGCAGUUUUUUUUCCCCCACACAUCCGUGCGGCCCCCUCGGCUCUGUAGCGCCACGGGGAACAAACACGCCUCGGUCAGCAAAACCCGAGGCGCCACGUCCACGGGAAAGUCCAACUGAAAUGUUUGUUUUAACAUUCGGAAGAUCACUGAUGUGCAAUACUUCCUAGGUUUUAGGUUGAGAACUGACUUGAUGUUUGAACCUCGGCAGAGGUUCGGUUUUGUUGCAGAAUUCUCCAGCGAUGUUUCUCAAAUUCCAACUGUCGUCUCUCGGCGAACAGAAUUUCUGUUUGGCCCAAUGAGUUCACGAAUUCAGUCUUCUCUGUCAGCGACAUCCAACUCCUACUGCAUCGACACUACUUCAUGAUGGUCACAGCAAGCUGGAUUGUGAUUACUGUAUAACAUGAGGUACAAAAUGAGAUAUCACUUAAUCUAACUUUAACAUGUUAUUCCAACAUAAUUAAUCUAUGUGAAAGACUUUUACUUCCCGGUGAAGGAAGUUGAUUUACCCAGUGUGUCUUUACUUGGAAAAAGGAGCCAAGCCAAAAUCUUUCCUCCCCUUUGGACUCUCUCCGCUUUUAAUACCCCGAGGUGUUUUGCCGUCUCGGGCAAGUUUCAGCAACCUCCGUCUCGUUCGACUCGUCACCUGCCGCCGUGCCCUUCAUCACCGCUUUUUCUAGCUUCCAGCCAGUGAUCCCCGUGUGAAGUAAAUUCCAUGUGUGUCUUGAAUUAACACAACUGACAACACACCCGUCUGUCUGUGUGGUAAGUGUAUUUAGGAAUCAGAUUCCAGAGCUGUUGAAGCCAUUUCUGUGCUCGUGUCCAUGUCUGAGAAAAGGGAACCGUCAUAUUCAUCAUCACGACUGUCUCGCACAUCACUCCAUCAUCAGGAGUGCAGGAGCUCCUGACUGUCUGCAUGCCGUUAAACACCGGGGCUUCGUUUUCUCUACCAGGUGAACGUCUGUUUUCAGGUUGUUUGUAGUGGUAGACCGCGCAGUUCCUGUCAAUCAUACUACAGAACAAAGGGAAACGGACAAGGUCUUUUUUACCUCAUCUCCCAUCAUUUCAUUAGAGUUCAGUGGCUGUGAUACGAAGCUGUAUACUGUAUAUGUGAUUGUUUUCUGUGUGUUUUGCCAGCAUGAAAGUACUUUUUUUUUUAAAGUAUUUUGUAAAUCAUGAAUGUCAAGC